GCACAUCAGAUCUGAGCCCCUUCUCUGACCCCCGGCAGUUUGAUCGCUCCUUCCCAACGCUGCCGGCUCUCACCGAGACCAGAUUCUCCGACCCGCGGAUGCAUUACCCCGGCGCCAUGUCCGCUGCCUUCCCUUACACCGCGACGCCCUCCGCCACGGGCAUCGGGGGCAUCAGCAUGACCAGCAUGCCCACCACGACGCGAUUCCACCACACCUACCUGCCACCCCCCUACCCCGGCUCCACGCAGAACCAAAGUGGACCCUUCCAGGCCAACCCCUCUCCCUACCAUUUGUACUACGGCACCUCUUCGGGCUCCUACCAGUUCUCCAUGGUGGCGGGUGGCGAGCGGUCCCCCACCCGGAUGCUCUCCUCUUGUACAAGUGCCUCGGCCGGGAACAACUUAAUGAAUCCCAACCUGGGCAAUCAGAACGACGGGGUGGAUGCGGACGGGAGCCACAGUAACUCGCCGACGACCAUGACAACUACUGGGAGGAUGGAUGAGUCGGUCUGGAGACCCUACUAGGAGGAACUCAACUGGGCACCGAUAGCUUUAACUUAGCCACCUUUUGAGAGCAAAAUGAUGCCUAGGGAAAAGUUAAACCAAAGUCUCCCAAACCCAAAGCAAACCAGGAUCCUCUCUGCAUGCAAGCAUGGGCAAACAUCAAGCGAAGAUGGACCAGGACCUACGUUACAUUUCAAGACGAACAUCCACGAGGCUUGAAUUUGUCGCUUG